CCCGAGUGGUAUUGAUCAAAACCUUCUUGAUUUCGUGUGUCUGCUGCUAAGAAAACGUGACUAGCGUAUUAGGAGACACGUGAAAGUAAUCCUGUAGAGUGAAGCCACACAAAACUGUACAUAAGCGAACCACCGUGAGGAAAAGGCGUUUCCCUCCCUGCCGCAUGAAGUGCCAGUGUCCGCGGCAUCCACCAUUGGACCGUCACGCCCAAGCAGAGUUUGGACGAUUUGUGGAAGUGGUAUGUGUGCCGUGGCGGUGACAUUUUGUAUUUUAUUCAUGUAAACUACACGUCGCGCAGCGAGUGCUUCGUGGUGCUGUGAGAAUGCUGCUCUUGACUUACUUCUGUUGCUUCUUGAAACUUUGAAAGAUAACAAAAUAGAUUCAAGGUCCCCCAUCGUCACUGAUACCUACCCACGAGACAAUCUCGCGAUGUUAUCUUGUUGUGAUUCUGAAGAAGCUAGAGAACAGCACCGGAUCAAUCGGGAAAUUGACAAGCAGCUUAAGAAAGACAAGAGAGAUGCAAGAAGGGAGCUCAAACUUCUGUUAUUGGGCACCGGCGAGUCGGGCAAGUCGACCUUCAUCAAGCAGAUGCGCAUCAUCCACGGCGUGGGCUACACGGACGACGACCGGCGCGGCUUCACGCGGCUGGUCUACCAGAACAUCUUCAUGGCCAUGCAGAGCAUGAUCAACGCCAUGGACCUUCUCCAUAUCGAAUACAAAGUGGCAGAGAACAGGGAGCGAGCGGACCAGGUGAAGGGGGUCGACCACGAGACGAUCACCACCUUCGAGGAGCCGUACAUCACGUGCAUCCGCGAGCUGUGGAAGGACGCCGGCAUCCAGCGCUGCUACGAGCGACGCAACGAGUACCAGCUGACGGACUCCACCAAAUACUACCUGACCGACCUGGACCGGAUAGCCUCGCGGGACUAUCUGCCCACGCAGCAGGACAUCCUGCGCGUGCGAGCGCCCACCACCGGCAUCGUCGAGUACCCGUUCGACCUGGACUCCAUCAUAUUCAGGAUGGUGGACGUGGGCGGACAGCGGUCUGAGCGGCGCAAGUGGAUCCACUGCUUCGAGAACGUCACCUCCAUCAUCUUCCUGGUGGCGCUCAGCGAGUACGACCAGAUCCUGUUCGAGGCGGAUAGCGAGAACCGCAUGGAGGAGUCGAAGGCGCUGUUCCGGACGAUAAUCACUUACCCGUGGUUCCAACACUCGUCCGUGAUCCUGUUCCUGAACAAGAAGGACCUGCUCGAGGAGAAGAUCAUGACCUCGCACCUGGUGGACUAUUUUCCGGAGUACGACGGCGCCAAGGGCGACCACGUGGCGGCCCGCGAGUACGUGCUGAAGAUGUAUCUGGCGCUGAACCCGGACCCCGACCGCAUGUGCUACUCGCACUUUACGUGCGCCACAGACACGGAGAACAUCAAGCUGGUGUUCUGCGCCGUCAAAGACACCAUCAUGCAGGCAGCUCUCAAAGAGUUUAACCUUGCCUAGCGGCCCGGCCCGAUACGGAGAACAUUCGGUUCGUCUUCGCUGCCGUCAAGGACACGAUUUUGCAACUGAACCUGAAAGAAUACAAUUUGGUGUAGGCGCCGCGACCGAAGCGCGCGCCGCCCGCGCGGGCGACUCGCGGCCGACCGAGGAGGCCCUGCCGGCCAGUGGACGGCACUAUGCUUUGCGCUUUCAGGCCCGGUCAGCGAGGCGAGGGCCAGGCGACGGCGGCUGCCAGCCGGCCCGUUUUCAUACCAUUCCCCGGCGCGCCGCGCGGGCGCCUGCCGCCGGCGACAACACAGAGCUUAGUACAGGGGCUGCUGUGGCCG